GAAAUAGAUCAAAAUGUUUUUUUGAUUUUUUUUACAAUAAAAUUAUACUAGUAUUAAAUAAUAAUUUAUUAUUCUUUUAUUUGAAUAGAAUUAUUCACAAAAACUAACUUGGACUUUGGUCGAGAUUUUAUUUUGGUAGGGUGAUAGAAAUUUAUUUUCUUGAGCAUCGUUUAUCUAAAAUAGUAAAAAUGUUAACAUGUUAACAUGUUAACAAAAUUACUAAAAGAUCUUAAAACUCGUCCAAUGAUUUAAAUACCAAAGACAAGCAUCAAAGGGCUGCGAAGUUGCUAAUUAUUGUUAAGAUCUCAAAAUGAACACAAGAGGAAAAAUAAUGUUGAUAGGAAAAUGCUAAAAAAUAAAAUAUACAUUCUUUCUGUCAUGAAAUCACAUAGCAUUCGAAAAACUGAUGUUUUUUUUAGUAAAGUUUGCAAAAUUGCAAUACACACUGACGAAAGGAAGGAAAACAAACUGUAAAAAAUACCGGCUGGUGGUUUACUCUCAAAGCAAAAAAAAUCGAUCAUCAUAAAGUGAUCGAACCGUUGGUUGUAAACAUUAAUUUUAAGGUUGAAAUUUCUUCUACGCUUCUUUUCGAUCUACCCUGUCCUGGUACAGGUUGAUGAUGUGUGCGUGUGUCGGAUCUCUCGCUUCCUGACACUGCUGAUGAACGAUCGGUGUAACUGUAUCUCCUAUUAUAAUUUCGUGUGCUUAAUUGAAGUCGAGCAUAUAUUCGAAGCCACACGUCAACAGUGAAGCAAAAGUGUAGGAAAGUGCCAAAAAAGUUAAUCUCCGGUGCAAUUUUUUUCUUUCUCUCUUCUAAUUUGUGCAGAAGACAUCUGUGCAGAAGAUAAACGAUAUAAUCAGGGCCAAAAUGUUUGAAUCGUUGUACGGGGAAUGUUGCGCAUAAGGAGAAAGGUAACCUAAAGUGAGCGUAUCGGGUGCACAUUGGAACACUUUGGUGAGAUUUUGAUCGAAAGGAAACACCUUCGAACGAGAAAAAAAACUCUCGCUUUUGCAGCAUCCACCAGCAACCGGCCGGCCUAGGGUAGAGUCCUCUUAUGGACGAAAUGUACGUCGGUCUUGAUAUUUGCAAAACUUUCGGAGAUAAUGAAGAAACAUUAGGAUGGCUGGCUCGUAACGGUUUUAGAUAACUUUCCCGUUGAGGUGGAAAUUAAAACUGAUGGUAAAAGAAGAAACGGCGAAAAAACAAUGGCAACCUUAAAGUAGGCAAUGGUUAAUGGGCUCUUGUGGCUUGUAUGUUAGCUAGCGCCAUCGCAGAUAGACAGCAAAGAAAGUGAGAGUGUUGGGUUUGACCACUAAAACACUGGCCAAUCGAAAAAUCAUCACGGUACGGAUCGUUAAAAAAAGGCGCCGGAAAGAGUAAAACGACUGAAGCGAAGAAAAAGAAAAGACACACAGACACCGCUUCACGAAUAAGUCACCGAAGCAAGGGUAACAUGGCCAACAAACAAGCAUUAUCCACAAUCAAGAAGGGCAGUAUGCACCGUCUCUGGUGAGGCCGUGUUGCUGAGGUGCCUGCUGGGGCGAGAAGUAGAGACGGUGACUUUAACCUAUCCAAUCUUACACCUUCCUCACAAAAGCCACCCCGUGGCCACAUAAUAAGCGCACCGAAGAAAGUGACUCCCCGUCCAAGAAAGAAAGGGAAGAGAGCAAGAGAAUGAGACCUGAUGUAUCGACAUGAUGGCGGAUUGAAAGUCUCCCAAAAUGAUCAUUACCGGUGGGUGGGACGGAGGUGAAAUUGGAAUGGGUGUGCGGUGAAGACAGUGACGAAUAGUGCAGAGAUCGGUUUUAUGGGUACCGGUGGAUGCACAUUCGGUCGCGAUCCCGAGAGCUGCGGGUCGUCAUUUGUAUACGCGUGCUUCAGGAAGCAACAGCAAACAUCAUCUACCUUUUCUCUCGAUUCGGUUACUAAACACGGGCAAUCGAUUGUCGAAGAGUAAAAUAAAGUGUGCGUCAGGUCAAAUCCCGGAGAACUCGGAAAUAAUAAUGGACAGGUACUAUGCGAUGUUUUGUUCGCUGCAUGUGCGUAUUGUUUUACCAUUUUGACAGAUGCGUAGUGAGAAGUGAUUAGUGAGAGUGCGCGGAUCAAAUUUGACAGAUUCGGUACAGUACGGUAAGCUUAGUAGUCGCUACUAAGAGGCUUAACACUUAAGCGCUAGUGAAAGUUUAAUGUUAUUUGGGUGGCUUUGGUGUUGGAAAAGUGUAUGAGCUGUCACUGCAUAAGUCUCAUUUUCUGCCACCAUCAGUGAAAACAAGUUUCGGAAAGUGAGAUCAUUUGCUGCCAAGCGAAUCGCAUUUCUUCGUAUUUGUGUGUGCCAUUAAAGACUUUGCUCGGCAAGCUGAAGCAGAAAUUGACCGUAUAGAUAAUAAUGCGCGAGCCUUGUGUAUUUUAAUGCGUUGUUGUUGAUAUUAUGUUGCGGCUCAGUAAUAGCCGGAAAGUGAAAUAUGGACGGCGAACCAUUUUAAUCAAACGUGCCACUUGAACCUCGUUGGCCGUUUGGAAACCAACGUGUUUACACCUACGAGGAUGAGGAGGACAACGACACGUACGUAUAGUUCGAACACUGUAGCCAUUGCGACGCCCGGCCAUUCGUGACUUGUUGCUUGCACAAUUUUGCUUCUCCCCAAACCGUUCCGUUACUCCACCGGAAGCUGUAUGUUGGAAUUCCCAAGCUCAAAGCUUCACAACCUCACUGGUUUUAAUGUGGUGAAAUUCUAUCUCGGAUGAAUUUUCCCUUAAUUUUGUUUUCGUUUUCUAUGUUUCAAUUUCACCCGAGCAGUUCGUGUCCGUGUGUGUGUGUGUGUGUGCGCGCGUUGUUCCAUUAGUGUGUAGAAGCUUCGAACGAAAAGCAUUCGUCGUAGGCUGAUUGAAAUUGGAGUUCAAUUGUUUCGUGAAUGUGUUGUGCUGUGUUUUGUGCUCAUUGGCCAUCAACCCGAUGGAAACAGUGCUUAUUUUAAUCAAUUUUCUCACUAUUGGGCAUCGUUAAUUAGCAAACGUACCGUAAGCGUGCGUAUGUAGUGGUAUGUGAAUGUAAAGUGCGAGCAGGUUCCGGGUGUCAAUUGGGAUCCGAUGCUACCCUACGGUGCCCUUUUUUGCAAGUAACAUAGAAAUGGGGGUGUAGUUUGGGUGUAGAAGAAAGAAACCCGCGCUUAGUCUGUGAAGUGGUAAUUGGGGUAGAGAAACCGAACAACGUAACAUACAAUUUGAAACGAGCCCAAACUCGGGCUUCAUUACUGUUAACCGAUGAUGUCUCUUUUGCGUGAAGCUGUUUGUUUGUGAGCAAUAGUAAAAGGGUCUUCUUUUGGUGCUGGAGCAAAUCACUGCACAACAAUGUCGAAGGACUCGGCUCAUUCGCGCAUCCCCCGGCCAGAUGGUGUGAGCAGCCGCAUUCCAGUGCCGGGAAGUUUUCGGAUACCGAGCACCACCGCGCGGCUUCCUUCGAAACGAGGCGCACCUCAACCACCGGCCACGCCGAUCAGUUUUCUGCGGCCACCGUCGCAGGGCCGAUCGGGCGCUAUUUCUAUCGCGCGUUCCUAUUCUGGUGAUAAAUUGUUCAACGGAGAACCUAGUCCGUUUCCGCUGUUGACCGCUUCUACGCCGGCGCCGGCACAGCUUCGCCUGGGGCUGACGACACCGAAAUCAAGUGGCUUGCCAUUUCUGAGGAAGCUAGAGUUGGUCGCUUCGGGCACGACCGAACGCUUGGAGGACAUCAAACUUUGCCAAAGGGAAUUCGCAAUCCCCAGCGACGACGACGAGGAUGGUGAAGUGCAAUGUGGACCCGAUGCGACAGUGCAGAUGUUGGUGGACGAAUCGCUCGAGCUGGUAGGAGCGAACAGUACGGAUAAUCUGCUGGAUCCGCCAACGACGGAGCUGGCGUGCAGUGAAGAAAAUGCGACCGUCAUUAUUGCGAGCAGGCACACGCCGAUGUACGCUAGGAAUGAACAUACCGUAACGUUACAGCGUGAUGGAAACGUUACGUACGAGAUCCGACGUAGCGGAACCUUCGUAAAGUCCUCCCGAGAGUCCUUGAAUUCUCCCCAGGAUCGUCCACGUCCACCCGUGCUGAGUCAAACACACACUCGCAGUCAUACUUCGCUGUCAUCGAAUGUUCUUUUGGGACUGACGAAAACAUUCCACCGCGAAAGCACCGAAAGCAUCGAUUCUCCGGUGCUAAAUCUUACGCGAACCAUGCCCUUUCGACGUCCCUCUACUGGGGAGCUGAUUCUAGAGGAGGAUGGCACUCGACGGCCUCCAAUACUGAACUCGACGAUGGUCAACGAGCGGUUACUGAACGUUACGCAAAGCAUUCCUAACAUAACGCAGGAGCUGCUGUAUGCGGACGUCAGUCACGAACCCUGCCAGGCGCCUGGGGAUAGCGUGCUGAACAGAACGACAUCGGUAGAAGAGCAAAAGGCGCAACGAGGAUUAGGGGCUGGAAGUAAAACGAAGCUCAAUCGAUUAACGUUCAAUCUAGAAGAGUCGGUAAAUUUGAUGCGGUUUAGUCCGGUCAGUAGGGGAAGUAACGAUGGACAAACGAAAGUGUUUAGUUCAACGCUACAUUCAGAAUCGAUGGCUAUUCCGGCUGCAACAGGUACCGGUAGCGGCCAAGGGAUGCAAUUAGCUGGAAGUCAGCACAGUACCAGCAUGUUACUGAUGGAUAUCAGUGCACAAGAUCGAACGCUAGUUCCUUCAGAGUUGGACCUUGAACGAGACAGAAUGAGCGACGAUGAGGAGCACAUGCCGGGCUACUCCAUAGGGAGAAGGAAUAUCGAUCAACGUGAAGCAAGCAUAGAGGCGGAUGUGAGCGCUGGGAAGGAAAUAUUCGACCUGACUCUUGAUGAACCAGAGUCAUGCUGUCAGGAUGAUGAGCAGCAGCAGCAGCAGCAAAAUCAAACUUAUGCGCAGCAGGACGUCGUACUACGGCGGCAUUUGGAAAAUCGUUCCAACACAGUUCCACCACCGAAACAGCGAUUCUCAUUUGGACUCGAUCUGACCGAGUGCACGUUGGAUUGUUCGAUUGAGCUGUGCGAUUCGUCACUUUCACUGACCAAACCCGUCCAUCUGAAGUCACCCACAAGCUCACUCACAAAGCAGGGUUCGUUUGAGAUGGAUGAAAGCCUCGGCAUCCUAACGCCCGAUCAGAUGAAGGAAUUUCUCGAUUCGACCACGACCAACACCAACACAAACAAUACGAAUAACGCGGCGAACGCUGCUGGCCUGGAGCUGCAGCUAAACACGGGCAUGGGUGGGAGUGGUAGCGUUAGCACGGGUGUGGCACAUCAUCAUCACAAGCACGGAGCGUUGCAGCAUCACUGUCGCAUCGAUCAGACGCCCUCGCCCGAAGAGCUGCCACUAGAUCCGGUGGGCGUUAAGACCGACAUGUCAGAUAUUAUGCUCCCGGCAGAGCUGUUGCUGAUAGCAGGUGGUCCUCAACCGUACGGCGGAAGUGUGGGUGGUGGACAAGUGAAUGUCGGUGCUACAGGUGGUAUGAGUGAGCUGUCCCAGGCAGAUUCCGACCCGAAAACGGAUCAGAUGACAAAGUCUGCCACCUCGUCGAAGGUGUCGAAUAGCUUCAUCACGAGCAUUACGAGUAUUACGAGCCUCGACACGGGCUACCAGGGUGAUGGAGAAAUGUCUCGACCGGCGAGUCGCGGAGCCGAUCAUUCACCGUCGAAUGGGCCGCGCGUAAAAUCUGCACUUGGUGGAGGCGCCUGGCAACCGAUGAUGGCUGCCGCUGUUGCUGCAGUGCCGCGGCGUCAGGAUCCGAUGACUGAUUCGGAUUUCUUCACCGAAAGCGAUGCAGACGAUGUAUUUAACCGUGGCGAUGCUCGACGAGCUCAGAUCAUCGAUGGGCAACUGUAUGGUGCGCCGGGUGGAGCGGGUGGAAUAGCGGGUGCACAAGGUGCGAAUGCCAUAUUCAAUGCGAUAGACGAGCAGGAUGAUCAAGAUCUGCAACAGCAGCAUCAGCACCCAAAUCACCAACAACUGCACCAGGAUGGUGGUCAAAAUGAAGAUUCGUGCAUGGAGUCAAGUGGAAUUUUUACUGACGUCGAAAAUCGGGCCGAUGAUGAUCUUGUGCAGCGCCGGGCAGAUGAUCAACAGCGCGCAGAGGCAGCUGCUGAGGGAAACAGCAACAGCAGCAGUUGCGGUCGUCGAGGUUUUGAUGAAGAACAGCAGCAAGCAACGGACGAUAUGAGCCCGGACGUCUCGACGGAUACGAUGAGCAGCAGUAAUAGUCAGAACUUUGUGCGAGCUUCCGAACAACAGCUCACACGAGAUGAUGAUCCAAACCAGACUUGCAAAUUGGUGCUCGACGAACGCGAGAAAGACAUAACAAGGUGCUGCGAUGACGGCAAGCCAGACUUAUCGCAACACAUCGGAGCUUCCCCGAAGGCAAACGAACACCACUACCAUCAGUGCGCGAUUACGACGAUGACGGCGUUGAAAUCUGACGGUGAUAUUGGUACCGUCGCCGGUACGACAGCUGGCGCUAGUUCUCCUGGUAGUGGUGGUGGUGGCAUCGCCGUCGCUGGGAACGUUGCGCGCCGUUGCGAUGCCGACAGCUUCCACGAUGUCAGUGGUAAGAGAUCGGUCGCGACCAGCGGCAAUAGUACUAACAGUGCGACCAGCAACAACGGUAGUAGUGGCAUCAGCGCUAGUCGUAAGCAGCUCAAAAACGAAGCAAACCGUGGUCUAAGGAAACAUCACCAGCAGCAUGCUGCUGGCGCGGAAAUGUCCGCCUCAUCCACCGUUUCGUCGCGUACGGAUCGUUUAAGCAAGACGCGUCUUUCGAAGGAUUUGCCGGAGUGCACUCGUAGUAGUGGGGUUUCGAUCGACGAGUGCAAUGCGGGAUGUGACAGUGCUGUUGGUGACUGUGAUCAAGAAAAUAAGCGUCCCAGUGUGGGGGGUACGCGUGGCAAUCUGGGUGUAAGUGCACGUGGCGGUGGUGCCACAGGAUCCAAUUUGAGCUUUGUGAAAAAAUCCAACACCCCGAACAAGUGGGACGCGGUGAUGAGCAAAAUUGCGGAAAAUAAGUCAGUGAUGAGGCGUAAUUUCAGUGACGUGAAGUCACGCAUUAGCUGUGGAAGUGGAGUGAUCAGUGCAGGUGCAUCGAAGGGGUCAGCUACGUUGUUACGGCGGGACUCGCCCGCAACAAACACCGCGACCGGUUCGCUGAAGAGCCCACCGUCCGAGUGCACCAGUGUUGCAAGCCGAAGUUCCGCACACGGCAAACGAACGAUCUCCGGAUCGGUGAAGAGAGGACGUACACACAGCAAAGAUAGUGAGCAAAGCUCGCUGAGUGAUCUUAGCCUGUCCGGAGGCUCACCGAAACUAACACUGAAACUGCCCAGCAACCGACCAGCCAAAAAGCGAGAUGUGCGCACAAUUAACUCUUCAUCCAGCGACCUGGGACCGCCGUCAAAGACGAAUGGUGCACCGCCAGCGCGUAGCAGCGCGGCUCGUGCGGCCGCCGCUUUGCAGAAACGUAUAUCUCCCAACAUAACAAACGUCUCGAUUCCGCUCGUACCGGAGCAGCUGAAGGCAUCGCCACCGUUGAAGCGCAAUAUGCUGCUGAAGCGGAACGGCACGGCCAAUGGAACGCUACCUGCCAAGACACCGCUGAAAGGUAAGCUUGCGGCACAUCUACUAAAAAAUAAGGAAGCCAACAAGGAAAACAGCGUCAAUGGAGAUCAUAACCGUCUUGCUGGUGCAACUCAGACUUCGAAAUCAUCUGCCGCCGCAACGGUCAGUAGCAACUCGCCGAAACCAUUGGGAAAGUCACUGAUACGGUCGUCUACCGUUUCCAACGCAGUUGCGACCACGGCGUCUAAUCACCACUCAACUCCACCACACCUGCAAAACCAUCAUCAGCACGCUGUCAGCAAUGGCAACGGGGUGGCAACAACACCGACCACGACGUCGGUUAAAGCGAUCCAGCGCAAUGGAACGAUUAUUCUGGACAAAUCCAGCUCACCACUGUUGAUCUGCGAUGCUACCACAGUCGUUGGUGAACCAGUCAAGGGAGCUGUUCCGGAGCUGGUGAAUCUUCGAAACGGCACACCCGGUACUCCGGAGGAAAUCGCCCUUCGGUCGGUGCAGUCGAAAAUGACGAUACCAUCCUCCUGCUCGACAUCAUCAUCGUCGUCUGUAGUGACGACAGGAAAGGAACCGAACUGUGAUCAACUACGCCAGCAUCAAUCGCGGGAGCUUGCCAAGGGUUUGCACCAUGCAGCGGACCGGAAAAUCGAAGGCAAAAAAGGACCCGAGCUGGUCGACAUUAGCUUGCUCAACCAUGCCCAAAAAGGUGUGGAGGCGUUAGGAGUUUUAGUACAAUACCUAGUUUUUAAUUUGGAUGCCUUUUCCUGUCCCACAAUCAAGACGGCACACCAGAAGACUACCACUGAUCUACUGGAAACAAAGUCCAUACUCGAUGAGGAGCGCACCAAUAGUCAAUCACUAAAGCAGCAGCUUCUAGAAACGACCGAACGUGAAACAGAGCUACAGGAACUGCAUCGCUGUGAAUUGAGCAGGGUCGAAACCUGUUUGAGUGACCAGCAACGCAGUGCAGAUGAUCGAAUUGCAGCGCUAGAGACUCAACUGCUCGAGAAAGAAUCCCAUAGCCGUGAGCUGUUGUCGCGCAUCGAUGGCUACGAAGCCCAAUUGGCCGAACAUGAGAAACAGCUCGAAAGCUCCCGAGCACGGGAACUGGAUUUGCUGCAACGAAUCAAUGCUCUCAGCUGUACCGAAAACGAACUGCGCGACAAGGUGCAUUCGAGCGAGUUGGCGUUUAGCGAACGGCUACAGGCUGCGGCAUUGCGCGAACGUGACCUAACAGAGCAGAUCAACGGACUGAACCGUGACCUGGAGCGAAUCCGUCGGGAAACGGAACGAAAGGAGCGUGAACUGGAGGAAAAGCUUACCAUCACAAAGGAUGAAUGUGUUGUGCUCCGUCAGAGUCGCAACGGACCGGUGGAACCACUUAACCAAAAUGGUGCAGUUGCCGGUGCUGGUAGCAACAUGAAUCUUUCGGGCAAUGCAGCAGUCCCGCUACAGCUGAACCGAUCGUCCGGCAACAUAAAUCAUCUCCAAGUGCUGCAGGACGAGGUGGACAGUUUGCGCUGCGUGCUCGAUCUGAAGCAGCGCGAAAUUUCCGAACUUCGCAAACAAACGCAGGAGUACGAACGGGAUGCUAAAGAUCUACCGGGCGCAUUGACGAAAAUAUCAGCCCUUGAAUCACGCAUCGAAGAUCUUGAGGUGCAGCUAAAGACCAAAACGGAGGAAGAGAAAGAGCUGCAAGGCAAGUUGAAGCAUUUGCAGGACAACCUGAAUCAGGAAACCAAAAUCAAGAGUCGGUUGUCGCUGCAUAACGAGGAGCUGCAGUGGCGCCUGAAGCAAAACUCUGAAAAGUUCACGCUUGCGUACGCCGAGCUGUCUAAGAGUUACCAUGAAAAUUCUAGCUUCAUGAUGAACGCCACCAAAUCGAGCCUGGAACAGUCGGCUUCGGCCCAACACCAUCACCAGCUGAGCCAUAACCAAUCGCGGUCGAGCUGUUCCGACCGGUUCUUCGACAUGGAUGAUAUUUCACCGCCGACCUCGCCAGUCAUUAAGGGAAUGGUGGAGAAAAGCGAUUCCGUCUCGUGGGUGCUAGAAAUCGACGACGAACCACCAGAGGUGUCGGCCUCGCGUAUGGUAAGGCGGGCCGGUUCGUUCCGCUCGAGUGCAGCGUACGAUUCGGUGGCCAAGCGCCCAAAAUGUACCGGACUCAAUCAGACAACGAACGGCGCUAUCAUGGGUGAACGGCACAACGGUAUUCAACAGUCCAGCUCAGCAGCAUCCAUUUUGAAGCAACACUCUAGCGAUCUGUCUUCGGUGAAACCACCACAAUCGGGCAGUUCUGCCAGCAGUCACCGGUUGCGUUCAAAAUCGGUCAGCAUUAAGGCGGCAGAACCCCCAAAGAAGAUUGUGCGCUCAAACUCUGGUGCAUCGGCUUCACUGUGUCCGGGAGUGUCAGGCAUUCCUAGCAAACCAUUGCGAAUGACGGACAUGCCAGGUUCAUGGAAGGAACAGCCUCUUUACAGUAGUUCACCAUACGCUCACAAACGAUACCUGAGCGAGGACAUGGAUUUGGUUGGGUCUGGUUCGGGGAAACCAUUUUCCGAACAGCAUCAACACCAGAUGCACCGAGCGAAAGAUUUGUUUCUGGAGGAGACCGAAUUUUUGAGCGAACCAGAAAACCCUUUUGCCCGGUGUUCGAAGCUGAACGGAGAAGACAUUGCUAAUGCACCUGUUGAAAUUUUUCACCGCGAUAAGACUCCAAACUUUAAGAAAAGUAAAGAAAACCGUGGCCUCAUAACGUGCGAUACGACGGCAUUGACUGGUGGAACCUCAUCCGCAAAAGCGACUGGCAGCGGGUUGACGGCUCGAGAAAAGCGCCGUGAGUUCACACGCAAAGGAAACCUUGCCGGAGGAACUAUACCGAAGGAGGCGGCUGGGGAGGCACUCGUAUCCGGUUCAAACUCGGACGAUGAAGCAUUAUCUACAUCGUCCGGAUCGUCGUCAUCGUGCAUUUCGGAAGGCAGUCUGUCGUCCGCCACCGGUAGCAGCAACAGCAGCCACGACAAUAGUCCACUGCAUAGCGGUAAGCGAAGCAGUGAUCGAAUGAACAACGACGAUGAUACGGUCGAAGGAGAGGCUAACACUUCGGAGGAACACCCAUCACAGCACCGGCGGCGCCAUUCGAACAUUUCGCUCGAGGACGCGCUAAUGAAGAAGAUCGUGGCCAGCCUGAACGGUGACAAUGGCGGUACGGAUCGAAACAAUACUCCGAUGGAGGUCAGCUGGUCGGAAGAUGGUGAUCCGGGUUCGGAAUCGAACGUAUGACAUGACGACGACAGUUUCUAAGUGACAGUGCUCGUAGGUGAUAUAGAUGCAGCUAUUAGUGGAAGUGGAAGGUGGUUAAGUUUUGGGGGAAACAUAAUUCUUUAAGAACAGUCCUAGAAUUCCCCACCUAAACACACAUAUAGAUACAGACGAGAGUACGGAAUGGCCAGUGUGGAACAUACUGGAACUUCCUGAUCCCACCCGGCCCUUUCCCUUUCCGUAUAAAUGCGACGGGUAAUAAGCGGGUCAUAAUGAUUCCGCAACGUAAUUUGCGCUUUGCGCUUCGAAUCCAUUGCUGUACAGGUCUAGUGGCUUUCGAGAUGGAUUCUUGCGAUAAAAGAGCAUACAUUAAGGCUUUCUUACGAUAUAGGUACUUCGGUUCUCACACUGACUUCUAGAGUUGCUCCAGUUGCUUAUUAGUUGUUUAAUUUUAGCGCGUAAGUUUGUUCUAUCCAUGUUAAUGUAAUACCAAUCGUCUUUAAUUGUCGUUAAUAGAAUUAGCGCGACUCCUUUAGAUUCCUCUGCAAAGUAAGCAAGCAAACACACAUCCAAUACGACACACCCUAACCUUGCAAACACAAAACAUAACUGACGGAGAAGUGGCGAGAGAAUAUUUAAUCGAGAGAAAAUAAGAGAUACAAUAAUCGCUAUGAAAUGGUUGUUUUUUGUUUUCGUUUUUCUUCAUUUGAAUGAUGUAUUUUAUCUUUCCUCCGUUGCCACCAAAAAUUCAGCAUUGCACUGGCCAGUAGUUGCCCGAUGAUCGUUGUCGCUGUCUUGAUAGAAACUGUCGUUAAUGGGAGUGAAGGAAAAGAAUGGACACCCGAAACUGUACGAUUUGAAAUUUGUAUAAAACAUGAUGCUAACGCUAUUUGUCUCUUGGAAGAGUGGUGAAUGAAUGAUGAAGCGAUUAGUGUUUUCUGGACCAUAGCUUAGGUGUAUAGUAGCGUAUAAAUCAAAAGAACUCAUUGUUGGUAACCUUUUUCUUCUUACUAUUAACUCGAUUGGAUCGAACCUUUACAAGCGAUACUGUGUUUCACAUGGUAUCUGUGGGAUCUGUGGGAUUUCCCGCUUUAUGUAUAUGAUUCUAUCUCUUUCAUAUUAUUCUUGUUAUGACGUUAUGUUGUUUGUAAAGUUUGUGGCAACUUAAGCAACUGUUUUUUCGAUGCGAUGGGAAAGCGUCCUGAUGAGCAUCGAACCACAGAUGCGUUGUGAGUUGUAUUGGAACGAACAUGAUCUGUAAAGCUGCCCAUCGCACGCCAUGCGGGGUAUGUUUGCGAUCGUUGGGUUCGUGUAGUUUUUGGAACGAUUUGACCGUUCGUAAAAUGAGCGAUAAAAAACGGCAACAUAGAUACGUGUUGCUGAUAGUUAUAAUGAAAAGAUUGUAAACAUAAGUAUAGUGUGUGGAAGGAAGAGUAGAGCAAAGUAAUAUAUUGACACUGAUACGAGGAAAGCGAUGGUCAGUCGAGUGAUUGUGGGUGAGUGUUUGAAAUCGCUCUCGCGUUUUCUUGUAUCUAAACUCCAACCAGUUUUGAAAGACAGAAGCAACUGUUGGACAAUUUGGCCGGAAAUAAUGUUCUUGAAAUAGAAUUUGCCUGUAGAAGCGUACGAGAAAUGCAGAAUUUAAAUGGAGAAAUGAUAACAAUAAUAAUCUUAACACUAAUACACAUACACAACAUUAUGAGAGUGUUCUCAAUACUUCAAUUACGUGGUGACUGGAGUGAUGGUUUGGUGACAAAACAAACACCAUAAUGUGGUGUAUAUGAAGCAUAAACUCUUCGUGGUAAUAAGAAAAGCUAUUGUAAACAUUAUCUACUACUCAGAUUCUAUGACAAAACAAGCGAUAAUUUAAUCCAAAGCUGAGUGUUAAUGUGAUUGUGUUUGAAAUGAAAUGCAUGGUACAGAGAGUAUAAGAGCAACAGCGCUAUCGAGCAAGCAAAGCAAUUGCUGGUGAUCCACUGAGUUUAAAAUACAGAUUAAUGCAAACUGUAAUGCAUAUUGCAAUGAAA